CAGCCCCAGGGCAGAGCCAGCGCUGCCGCCGGGCUCCAGCGCCCAUCCCCGGGGACAGAGCUGCAUUUUAUCCGCCUGACAGCGCUCCCGGAACGCGUCGGCUUUUAAGGCCAGGCUCUCCCGGUGCCAGCGGCUGAGCUCGGCAUAGCCCUGGGGCUGCCCCCGGGGAGGGCAGGGACCCCACGGCGAGGGCAGGGACCCCACGGCGAGGGCAGGGACCCCAUGGCGAGGGCAGGGACCCCGUCCCCACCGCCCGGGCCACUCGGGGAUGGCUGCAAUGAGGGAGCUCAUCGCCUUCCCGGAGGCACUGAGGCAGACGAGGGAGAGGAAGGCCGGUUCCGCUCCGGUUUCUGGGGGGUUUUUCCCUCUCCUGCUGCCCGGGGGGCUCAGCCCCAGCCCCCGGGGCCGGGCAGUGCGGGCAGGUGCCCGGCCCCGCUGUGCGGCUGGAUGCGCUCAGCCUCCCCCUUCCUCCCCCCGCAUCCUCCCGCCGCUCCCCCGCCCCGCGGCAGCUCCUCCUCAUCCUCCUCACCCUCCUCACCCUCCUCAUCCUCCUCAUCCUCCUCAUCCUCCUCACCCUCCUCAUCCUCCUCAUCCUCCUCACCCUCCUCACCCUCCUCAUCCUCCUCCUCCUCAUCCCCGCUCGCUCCGUUCCAUCGGCUCGGGAGCCGCAGCCGGGAGCGCCGCUCAGCUCCGCCCCAUGAGCAGCAGCCUGGGAGGUGUUGGAGCCGUGUGAGCACCGAGGGGAGGCGAGGGCUGCCAGAGGGUGACCAGGACAGAGCGACAGAACACGGCCUUGGCUCGGGGUGGGGUUGGAGGGCUCACACGGGACAUGGUGCAACAGCAGAGCCAGAUCACGCUUGGAUUGACAGCACAGAGGGAACUUCUGGGGCUGGAGUUUGUCUUUAGGCGUCAUCCAUCCGUCCGUGUGUCCGUCCGUGUGUCCGUGGGCGCGGGGCAGCCACACCUGCAGUGCCAGCCCAGACAGCCACAGCGGGGCUCUGUGGUCUGGCUCUGUGCCCAGGGUCCUGCACGGACACCGGGGACGGCUGGCAGGGGAUGGGGACACUCCCAGCUGGCUGAAGUGUCACCAAUGAGCCUCCUGUGUCACCAAUGAGCCUCCUGUGUCAUCAGCUGAGCCUCCUGUGUCACCAAUGAGCCUCCCAUGUCACCAGUGAGCCUCCUGUGUCACCAGUGAGUCUCCUGUGUCACCAAUGAGCCUCCUGUGUCACCAGUGAGCCUCCUGUGUCACCAGUGAGCCUCCUGUGUCACCAGCUGAGUCUCCUGUGUCACCAAUGAGUCUCCUGUGUCACCAAUGAGCCUCCUGUGUCACCAGUGAGCCUCCUGUGUCACCAGCUGAGUCUCCCCUGUCACCAGCUGAGUCUCCCCUGUCACCAGUGAGUCUCCCCUGUCACCAGUGAGUCUCCUGUGUCACCAGUGAGCCUCCUGUGUCACCAGUGAGCCUCCUGUGUCACCAGUGAGUCUCCCCUGUCACCAGCUGAGUCUCCUGUGUCACCAGCUGAGUCUCCUGUGUCACCAGUGAGCCCCCUGUGUCACCAGUGAGCCUCCUGUGUCACCAGUGAGUCUCCUGUGUCACCAGCUGAGUCUCUCCUGUCACCAGCUGAGUCUCCCCUGUCACCAGCUGAGUCUCCUGUGUCACCAGCUGAGUCUCCUGUGUCACCAGUGAGCCUCCCCUGUCACCAGCUGAGCCUCCCCUGUCACCAGUGAGUCUCCUGUGUCACCAGUGAGUCUCCCCUGUCACCAGCUGUGUCUCCUGUGUCACCAGUGAGUCUCCUGUGUCACCAGCUGAGUGUCCCCUGUCACCAGCUGAGUCUCCCCUGUCACCAGCUGAGUCUCCCCUGUCACCAGCUGAGUCUCUCCUGUCACCAGUGAGUCUCCUGUGUCACCAGCUGAGUCUCCCCUGUCACCAGCUGAGUCUCUCCUGUCACCAGUGAGUCUCCCCUGUCACCAGCUGAGUCUCCCGUGUCACCAGCUGUGUCUCCCCUGUCACCAGAUGAGUCUCCUGCCUGCAGGAGCCGGGCAGCGCAUCCUGGGCAGGGAGGGGAUGGGAGCCACUGCAGGGCCCCCCAGUCUGGGGGUGCUGAGCAGGAUCCCGGGGGCACACGGAGUGUCCCCCAUCCCCAGGGGUUUCCCACAUCAUCACCAACACUUCAGCCAACAAUCAGCUCAUCUCCCAUGGUCUCCACUCCCUCCAGGUGCCUUUCCCUGGAAGCCAAGCGCUGGCAGGUCCAGGGAGGAGAGCUGCCCACAGCCCUGGCCGUAACCAAGGAGGCAAACCCAAAACAGGGCUCCUGUGCCCGGUGUGUGGCCCCUGAGUCCUCAGCAGCCUCGGCAGGACAGAGCCACCCUCCUCGGGUGCCAGGGACAGACUGGUGUCACUCGUGGCACCUGUCAGUGCUGCUCCCGGUGCUGGAACGAGCUGCUGGGAGGCAGCAAAGCACAGGAGCAGAGAUGAAGCUUUGCUCUGCUCUCGGCACCAGGAGAGGGAAAGGGGAGAGGGAAAGGGCAGCUGGAAAGGGCAGACAGGACCUGCUGUGUCCUGGAGGGAAGGGGGAGCCCAGGGCUCUCGCUUUGCCUCCACUGGGAACCCCAGAGGUCUCCCCUGGGAGCAGCACAUCCUCCAGCCCAUCCCUGGCUGGAGGGACUGAGCUCUGGUGAUGCCCUGUCCAGGGUGUUCUUCCCACCCAGCAGGUCCCACACAUCCAGCUUGCUCUGGGGCACGGGGCUCAGAUCUGUGGGAUUUGCGUGCACAGCCAGGGCCACUCGUGUUCGUGUCUCUGCUCUUGGUCCCAGCCCAGGCAGGACACGGGGCAAGACCUUCCUGGCAAAGCUCCUGCUCUGGGGCUGGGUUUGCUCCUGGAGCUGGAACUGCAAUUAAGUUAAU